AUGGAACUUCAAACACGUCUCAUCGUGCUAUUUUCUCUCUCUUUGCAUGGUAUUUAUGGAGGAAAUAACGCACGUUUUGAGGUGUUUAAAGACGCGAAAACCUGGCAAGGUGCGAUGAGGUCGUGUGAAAUAUUAGGUGGUGAGAUAGCUCUGAUAAAGAACGAAUUGACCCAACACAACGCCAUUGGUACAAUCGUCGAUUCUUCAGAAAACACUGACGAUGAUUACUGGAUCGGUGCAACUGACAGUUAUCGAGAGGGCACGUGGAGAGCCAAGGAAGGAAAACCACUAUGGUUUACUAAUUGGGGACCACAUCAACCUGGAUUGGAUCGAUCUGAAAAUUGUGCAGUACUACGUGGUUCCAUGUCGUUUAAAUGGGCUGCCGACAAUUGUGACGAUGUGCAUUCUUACUUGUGUCAAUUUGAUAACAGUGAGGACCGUAGUGAUGAUGACGCCGACGAUGCUGCUGGUGAAAAUGAUUACUGUGAAGACGGUUGGAUAUCUUUACAUAAUUCUUGCCUCUAUGUUGGAAAUGAACCCUUGGCAUGGGACGAGGCAAAAGAACAGUGUGAACUGAGGCAAUCAGAACUUGUGAUGAUGAAUCAAAUAUCAGAUAGUGAUGUGGCUGCGCUGCUUUACAACAUUAUUGAAUCAGAAAGUGAUUCCAACAGUCCAGAAAUGUUUUUAGCUUUUUGGGUUGGAAUGCAGGAAAGUUCCAAUAGACAAAGAGAAAUAACUCCAUACGAGAAGAAGAUUGGACAGUCUAGUUAUUGCACAGAAGUCGUACUUGGUGACAAUGACGUCGACUUGAGUAAUGAAAAGUGUGGUGCUCUUCGCCCAUUUAUUUGCGAGAGAAAUAAGAAUACUGCAACUAAGAUUUUGCAAGCGAUCGCUUGUGAGGAUGACAGAGUCGUGAUUGACUGUGGUCCCCUGGAUAUUCACGUGGUCGAUGCAGUAUUCGGACGAAAUCGCAAUGAUAUCUGCGAGACACCGUUACGGCGAGCUAUUCGAGACGGUGUCAACUGCAGUGCUAUCUCCAGUCUUGGCGUUGUUCGUUCACGAUGCGAAGGCAGGAGAUCGUGCAGAGUAUAUGCUUCAGUACGUGAUUUUGGCAAUCCUUGCCAUGGCGUGUACAAGUACUUGGCAGUUGACUAUUACUUUGUCUGUGAUUUUAGCAACGAUAUUAUACUGGAAGAUUUACGGCUAUGUGAUGUUUAUAUGGUUUGUAUAGGACAGUACGAAUUCAAUUCCCCAUGUAGAGCACUUUCACAAAGUUUUCCAGUGACACCACAUCUCCCACCUCUUCGUAUCGUAGAUCAUUACGUAUCCUACAAGGUGUAUACGAACGCCCAAGUCGGGUGGCAAGGCGCCAUAAAAUCAUGCAGCAAUGAAGGUGCGACGUUAGCGAUGAUUAGUGACUCAUACACACAAAGGAAGAUUGUUGAAAAGUUAGUGGAAAUGGGCGGCAUUACCGGCAAAUAUUGGUUUGAUGGGAAAGUGUCCAUGGAUAGCGAUAUAUGGAAAAGUAAAAGCGGAUCGCCGUUGACUCAUUUUAACUGGGCAGACAGGCAACCUAUUACUGGUCCAAACAAAUGUGCCGUACUCAGCAAUAACGGGGAAUAUAUGUGGGAAGCUGAAAACUGUGGAGAACGAAACGGAUACAUUUGUACAUUUCAUGCAAAUAACAAGAUUACAGUUCCAUGUGACGAUAAUUGGAUACAAUACGGCAAUGCAUGUUACAGUCUACGAAUGGAUGGUAGAAACUGGACCAGUGCUCGCGAUGAAUGUGCAGAGGCAGGUGCCGAGUUGGUGAAAAUCAACACGAACACUGCAACCCGGUUACUAUCCGUCGUAGAGAAGAAAAUUGGUUUGAUCAUGGACAGAUUUUGGAUUGGUUUACAUGAGGUUUUGCCUCCUAGUGAUCAAGUUAUUUAUACCACGACGGGUGCUGGGUACGUACAUGUUACUGAAUCAACUCCUAAUGACUACAUGUGGUUAUCAGUGUUAACAUGUCUUUUCUGUUGCUGGCCACUAGGACUGUUAGCCAUAUCGAAUUCAUGUGAAGUUCAAUCAGCUCUGGAAGUCGGGAACAUACCGCGUGCCAAAGAAAAAUCAGUGAGUGCAGUGAAAUUGAAUAUUGCAGCAAUUCUGUCUGGUGUCACUAUCACCAUCGCUGUUAAUCUUAUCGUGUUCCUGGUGGUGUUACCAAAUCAAAAUCAAGAUGAUUAUUAA